GUUAAUAACCUGUCUUACUCAUCCAGUUGUUUUGUUUCUUAUUGGCUCCCAGUAGAAUUGAAGCCUGGAAGUGUGAAAGUCUUUCCUGCAGUCUGCUCCAGCUUGUGCUGUGUAUCAGCCGUCAUUAGCUUAGCAUUCUGACUCUGAGGCAAAAGAGAGACAGAGCGAAAUCUCCACCCAAAACUUGUUGUGACACAUCUGUUUCACAUUGUGAGGCUGGUAUUCUGCAGCAGCCAGCCCCCUCCUCUCCGGUAACUUUUUUUUCCCUUUUUCCUCUAAAAGAAAAGGAAGGUUAAAGCUGCUGAUAGAAAACUCAUAACGAGGUUUUGUCUUUCGGUUUCAUUGUUCUGCUUUUUGCUCUCACUCCCUGGGAUUUGCUGAUGGACACAGAGGCAGAAGGGAAGUAUAUUGUGCAUACAGUUAAGUAUGCUGAAGUUUGUCUGAUGCGGGUACAUGCUACGCGGUGAUUGCAGUGCAGGAGCUUGCUUACCUCUCGCCUCAGUUUCUAGAUCACAGCAAAGCUGACCAGGCACUAUCACAACAUGGCUGCAUGGAUUCAAGCACUGAGCAUUUUGAACUUUUUUAUAUUAUCAUCAAAAGCAGAGACAUUCCAGUAUUUUCAGAGUGACACUGAACUAAAUCAACAAACAAUAAACCCUGAAAAUGGCAUAGUUUAUGUAGGAGCCAUUAACCGCUUAUAUCAACUUUCUGCAGAUCUUGGAUUGCAAGUUAAUGUGUCGACAGGUCCAAGAUUAGAUUUAAAAACGUGUACUCCUCCUAUUGAUAUCUCUCAGUGUUCCCAUGCAACGCUAACAGACAAUUAUAAUAAACUACUUUUGCUAGAUGGGCCAAAUGAUCGGAUUGUUGUAUGUGGAAGCAUCUUUAAAGGAAUAUGUUCUCUGAGGAAAGCAGUGAAUAUUUCAGCAGAAAUAUCUUAUGAUGAUAGCAAAGGUGAGAAAUCAUUUGUUGCAAGCAACGAUGAAAAUAUUUCAACUGUUGGUUUGGUGACCAACUUGACAGUCGUAAAGAUGUCUGAAACAUUGCGGGUCUUAUUUGUUGGUAAAGGCAAUGGGCAGUCAGACAAUGGAAUUAUCAUUAGCACUAGACUUCUAGAUGAAUAUGGUGAUCGGGGACCCUUUGAGACAUAUGUAGAUUCUACAGCAUUCAAGUCUGCUGCAUUAUCGUUCACUUUUCAGCAGUUUGUCACAGCGUUUGAGGAUGAUCGAUACGUUUUUUUUAUAUCUACCCGCUUGGAGAAAAGUACAGGUAGAAAUAAGACGUUAAUUUCCAGGAUGUGUAAAUAUGAUCCUAACUAUUAUUCCUACAUUGAGAUGGACCUUGAAUGUAAAGACAAUCAGCAUGAUUACAAUUUCUGCCAUUCGUUUUUUAUCACCACCCCUGGAGAGGAGUUAGCACGUGUCAUGAACAAGUCACCUGAAGAAGGGAAAUUUCUAUUUGGAGUUUACAGCAAAAAUGGGAAAGAAUCUGUUUCAGAGAGAUCUGCUCUCUGUGUAUUUUCAUUGAAAGAUAUAAAUGCUAAAUUUGAAUAUAAUCGUGAAGCAUGUUAUACCAGUAAGGAGAGUACUGUGAUGAAGAAUGGGAUAAAGAUUUUUUACAAACCGUAUGGUGCUGAUAUACAGUGUGGAGGACUUGCAAAGGAUGCUGUUAUCAACUACCCAUGUGGCCAGGAACACUUACCGUACCCCCUGGAGAGCAGAGACGGUGUAGUCACAUCACCAGUGCUAGUGCUUGAGAAAAACACAUUUACAACAGUUGCUGUAGCUGUUGAAGAGGAACAUACCAUUGCAUUCUUGGGUACUAAUGACGGAAAACUUGUAAAGGCAUUUUUAGGACAGAAUCCCCAUCAAUACAAGGAUCUGUGUUUUGAAACCAGUGCUGCAGUGAAAAAUCCUCUUAUGUUUGACAACACUAAGGAACAUCUUUAUGUGAUGACAAAGAUAAAGAUGCUCAAGAAAGAUUGAUUGUGCUCGGGCUGCUGAUGAGAAUCAUUGGUUGUGGAGUCGCAAUGGAAAGUGCAUGUCAAUUGAGAGCGCCAAUCCAAGUAACAUGAGCAGCAUAACACUAAACAAGGUGACGCUAUCUUUGGCACCUACAAUUACGUUAAAAGACGAGGACGGGUUGAUGUGUGAGUUUGGAGACGUAAAGUCCUUUGCAGUUCUGGAAGAAGAUGGGACUGUUUCUUGCCCUCCCCCUACUAUUAUUCCACCCACCCAGAAAGGAAAAGAUAGCGUUAAUGUGACAGUCAGUCUGUACUUUGAAAGAAAAAGGACUUUUUUUGCCAAUUUUUCAUACCCGUUUUAUGACUGUAAAGAAGCGAUGUAUCUCUCGGAAAACCUACCAUGCAUUUCUUGUGUAACCAGCCAGUGGAACUGUCAGUGGGACUUGCACAAUCACAAAUGUGAGGAGUCUGCACCAAAAGAAAAUGUUCUCAAACAAAACAUGGAAGAAGACUGUCCACAGUUUUUUCAGCCUGAUCCAUCUAUUAUUCCCAUGGAUCGUAAGACUACAAUAACAUUUCAAGGAAAAAAUCUUGAUAUCUAUAAGGAUCUAACUUUUACAGCAGGAAAUGAUGAACGUGGCUUUAACACCGCCGUUAUGGAAAAUAGCGGCAGUUUCUCAAUUCAUGUCCCAGAGUUUUCCAUACACGAUAAAGAAACUUCUCCUCUAAAUAUCUACAUUAAGGUGAAUGACAAGAAGAUAGACAGCAAACUCAAUGUAAAUCUGUACAACUGCUUUUAUGGACGAAGCGACUGCAGCUUGUGCCUGGCUGCUGACUCUACAUACGACUGUGUCUGGUGCGGCGACAAGUGUGCCUACCGGAAAAUGUGUAACGAUCCAGUGACAUCUGAAUGUCCCGCUCCAGAAAUCACAGAUUUUGAGCCCAAAGCUGCACCUUUGAAUGGAGGUAUCCUGUUGACCAUAAAGGGAUCAAAUCUUGGGAUUUCGUCAGAUGAUGUAGAAAGCAUAAAAGUUGCAGGAGUUGGCUGUGCCUUUAAGAAAGAGUUUUAUUCUGUUUCUAACCGAGUUGUAUGUGAAGUUGGCAGCUCUCUGUCUUCUGUGGCUGUUUCAGGCAAAGUUGAAGUUUCCAUAAAAGGGAAGAUGGGUGAAUCCCCAGAUGGUCUUGUAUUCAUGUAUCAGGAGCCUGAACCAAAUGAAGUGAAUCCAAGGGAAGGCAUCAUGGCCGGAGGAACUUUCAUAACGAUAACUGGGAAAAACCUUAGGACAGGAUCCAUGAAAGACGUCAGAGUGUCACUUGGUACCAUACCUUGCACUGUCACGACAUUUGGAGAGGAAAUAGUAUGUGUGACGGGCGCAAGUACUGCUAAUGGAGACGUCACGGUGACAUUGUUUUAUGGGAAUCAAACACAAAAAGAAGCCAAACAAUUUAACUAUAGACAUAACCCAGUUAUUGAAAAGAUCAACCCAGAUAAAAGCUUUGUCAGUGGAGGCCGGAAUAUCACAAUUUCAGGAACCGGAUUUAGUCUUGUGCAGAAUUUUAGCAUGAUUGUCAAGCUACAGUCUAGAAGGGAGAGGAGAGACGUCAGUGAAAGUGAUUCUGGUUAUAUAGAGAAGGAAGGCAUCCUUGAAAGAGUAAAUAGCACAGUGAUCAUAUUCUCCUCCCCACAAUUCCCGGAACAUUACCUGAAUUCUGAGGUCAACACUGUAAUCAGAAUGGAUGGGCUGGAGGCACCUCUGCGCACUGCCGACCUCGCUUUUAUGUAUGUUGCUGAUCCUACGUUUGAGAACUUUACAGACGGCAUCAAAAAACAAGUGAACCAGCUUAUUAAUGCAAAGGGAACUAAUCUUAAUUUAGCGAUGACCAUUGAAGAGGCUGAGGCAUUUGUGGGCGAAGGCAUCUGCAAGAUAAGUACACUCACUGCCACUGAUUUGUACUGCACCCCACCUCCGGAGCAGCCGUUACCAAAGCGACGGCAGAAGAGAGACACCACCAACAACCUUCCAGAGUUCAUAGUAAAAUUCGGAAAGCGAGAAUGGGUCCUGGGAAAAGUGGAAUAUGGCCACUCGCCUGAAAUUCCUCUGCAUGUUAUUGUCCCAGUGAUUUUAAUCCCAAUGGCUCUCAUCAUUGCAAUAUCAAUUUACUGCUACAGGAGAAAAAGUCAACAGGCAGAGCGGGAGUAUGAAAAAGUCAGACUGCAGCUUGAGAGCCUGGAGGAAAGUGUGAGAGAACGUUGCAAGAAGGAAUUCACAGAUCUGAUGAUUGAGAUGGAAGACCAGACCAGCGACCUCAGUGAUGCCGGCAUCCCAUUUUUGGACUAUAAAACCUACACAGACCGCGUUUUCUUCUUGCCGUCCAAAGAUGGUGAAAAAGAUGUUAUGAUAACUGGGAAGCUGGAUAUCCCAGAGGCCAGACGACAAACUGUAGAACAAGCACUAACCCAGUUCUCAAACUUGCUCAAUAGUAAAUCCUUCCUUACUAUUUUCAUACACACCUUAGAAAACCAGAAGGAUUUCUCAGCCAGAGAGAAGCUUUACUUUGCGUCGCUGCUGACCGUUGCUUUGCACGGAAAGCUGGAAUAUUACACAGACAUAAUGAGAACAUUAUUCAUGGAACUGAUGGAGCAAUAUGUGGCCAAAAAUCCCAAACUGAUGCUCAGACGGUCUGAAACAGUUGUGGAGAGAAUGCUUUCAAAUUGGAUGUCCAUUUGUUUAUACCAGUAUUUAAAAGACACAGCUGGCGAACCUCUAUACAAACUCUUCAAGGCAAUCAAACACCAAGUGGAAAAGGGCCCUGUGGAUGCCAUACUAAUGAAAGCCAAGUACACACUGAAUGAUACGGGCUUACUGGGAGAUGAUGUGGAAUACACACAGUUGACUGUUAAUGUCAUAGUUCAGGAGCAGGGAGCUGAAUCUAUCCCUGUUAAAGUACUAAACUGUGAUACAAUUACCCAAGUAAAAGAGAAGAUUGUUGAACAGGUUUACAAAAUCAUUCCUUAUUCACAACGGCCAAAAGCAGACAGUUUGGUACUCGAGUGGAGACCAGGCUCUACAGCACAGAUACUGUCUGACUUGGACUUAACCUCACAGAAGGAGGGACGAUGGAAGCGGUUAAAUACACUAAUGCACUACAAUGUCAGGGAUAAUGCUACACUUAUAUUGUCUAAAAUUGGAAUUUCUCAACAACAAGAGGAAAAUCACCAAGACAUUCCAGGAGAAAGGCAUGCACUACUAGAGGACGAAAACAAAACGUGGCACCUUGUCCGUCCAGCUGAUGAAGUAGAUGAAGGCAAAUCAAAAAGAGGAAGUAUGAAAGAGAAAGAACGGACUAAAGCAAUUACUGAAAUCUAUCUGACAAGGCUACUUUCUGUUAAGGGAACGCUCCAACAGUUUGUAGAAAACCUAUUUCAGGGCAUCCUCAAUUCAAAACAAGUGGUACCUCCUGCUGUUAAAUAUUUCUUUGAUUUCCUUGAUGAACAAGCAGAAAAAUAUGAAAUCAAAGAUGAAGAUACUGUUCACAUAUGGAAAACAAACAGUUUAUCAUUAAGGUUUUGGGUUAAUAUCCUGAAAAACCCUCACUUUAUAUUUGAUGUGCACGUUCAUCAGGUGGUGGAUGCGUCCUUGUCAGUCAUUGCACAGACUUUCAUGGAUGCCUGUAGUAGGACGGAGCACAAGCUCAGUAGGGAAUCUCCAAGCAACAAGUUGCUGUAUGCAAAGGAAAUCUCAACAUACAAAAAAAUGGUGGAAGACUAUUAUAAAGGAAUCCGUCAGAUGGUACAAGUUAGCGACCAGGACAUGAAUACACAUUUAGCAGAAAUUUCACGGGAGCACACAGAGUCAUUAAACACACUUGUAGCACUACACCAGCUGUACCAGUAUACAAAUAAAUAUUAUGAUGAGAUCAUCAAUGCCUUGGAAGAGGAUGCAGGAGCCCAGCGAAUGCAGUUAGCCUUCCGGUUACAGCAAAUAGCCGCAGCCCUAGAAAAUAAAGUCACAGAUCUUUGAUUGAAAAAACACAAAGAAGUCUGAAAACUAUGUUUUUCUUCUAAAAGAGUGUUAUAUUUUUUAAAUGUCCAGUUGCCUUUUUUAAUUGAACAGAUUUACACAGUACACAUGUAAUGUAAAAACUGAUAAAUGAACUGUUUUUAAUGUAAAUUAUGCCGCAGAUUCAACUUUUGUUAUUAGGGGAUUUUAUUUUAUAACCAUUGUAAUUUCACAGUGCAAUUUUAUGCAUCUGCAUUUUUAAAUUCAUUAUGCAAGUAUACUAAAUUAUUUAGUGUCAUUUAUAGUCGAGCAAUACUUUUAAUAAGCAAUCAUUUCAAUAUAACAAGAUUUCGUUUCAUUUAUACCUCCCUGUGGUUUCAUUUGAAUUAUACGGGUACUGCUUGCAGAUGCCCCAGAGGUACCAUAGGAGACACAAUUUUAACAAUGUCCAAAAAAAUAUUACCAGAGGUUGACGGUGGUUACAAAAUGUCUAAGCACAAAUCAAACCUUUUUUUUCUGUGUAAGCCCAUUUUUUUACUAGGAGGUUUAUUUUAUAUAAAUAUACAUUCUAACGUGCCUUAUCGAUACCAGUUUGACCAGUUUGAUAAACUGAUAAUCAAUGGUUUUGUAAAAAAAAUAUACAGAAAGUUUAUUUAUGCCACAGUUUUCUUUUUCUUUUUGUGAAAAAUUGUGACCAGCUGAAAACUGUAAUUAAUUUUAUGUCAAUGGAUUAUCAUUUGACAUGAUUAUGUAAAGUUUUAAUAUGUUUAUCUUGUAUGGAAAUGUCACAGGUAUUGUUUCUUUGCAUUUAGUAGCUUAAAAAGCAACUCUUUAUUUGUAUAUCUACACUAGGAAUGUAAAAUGCAACAUGAAGAAAUCAGUAUCUGUGUUAGAAUAACCACUACCAGCAAAAUAUAUUAUUGUACAUUCAGGAGCUUCAAUAAAGCUUCUUAAAUCUUGUAA